AUGGAGCUGUGCGCCUUUAGUCCAACCAACCGCCCAGUCACUGUCUUUGGGUCGGAGGCCCAGCUCCGCCUCGACUCGGUCUCCAUCACCGGCCCGACGGCGCUGCAGAUGAUCUCCUCAGGAGUUCCGUCCAACGGCGGCGGUGUAUACUUUGAUGCUAGCGCGACACACAACAUCGCGCCCGGAUCGUGGUCUAAAGUCACCAUUGCUGCCACGACCGCCACAAACUCGGGGCCGGCCGUGUACUUUGACGUCGAGACCGUGCCCGCCAACGCACGAGCCGCGACAGAUCCGACCAAGGCCAACAUCGCGUACGCGAGCUCCUGCACGUCACUUUAUGCUGUAGGCUCUGCGUCGCCGCGUGGCAGUCGGUCGUACAUCCCGGCCGCUCCAAUGGUCGACAUGGGCGUUCCAUCGUUCUUUACCGACCUCGAGUAUGCCGACGCUCUGGGUAUGGUGCCCGGCAUGCCGUUUCUGCUCACAACAACCUCCAUCGACGACUUUGGUACCCGCCUCUUUGACUUUGAUCGGCCGAUCGUCGUCUCUGGGGCAGGCCAGCCCAAGACGCAGCUUACCAUCCUCAAUAUCGAUUCUCCAGGACUGAUCAAUGUCUCGUUGUCUGUUGACCCCACUGCAUCUGUCGACCAGAUGACCGUGUCGUACAGCUUUGUGCUCCCGUGGGUUCCGGACGGCUCCAUCUGCAGCCCGGGCACCUUUAAUCUGGCGCCCUCGUUCAGCUUCCAGUCGUUCUGCCUGCCGUGUCCGGUUGCCGACACUGAUUGCGUCGUGGUUGACUUGCUCCGCAGCAACCGCUUGACUAUCGAUGCUGGCGCGGUCGUCAUUCCGACCGCCGCCGACGUGCUCGAAUCCAUCAUGACCAGCUUUGCUGAACAGCCGCCGGUGGAGUUUGAAACCCAGUUUGAUGCCACCGCGUUUGUGCCUGAUGACUUUGCGAGCAACGCCAACUCAUUUCCAACGCCGCCUAUUGUUCUCGCUUCAUGCCCGAUCCCGGAGGCCUGCCCCGCAACCCAGUGCACGACGCGGUGCACGCUCUCUGGCAACUGCACCAUGGUCUGUGUCCGAGAGUCGAACACCGGGUGCGCCACAGGCUACACAUCGUACCUGUGCGCCCGGUGCAUGCCAAGUUACUUUCAGCGCGUCGAUGGCAGCUGCCGGAUGUGCAAGGGCAGGCCUUUCUAUGCCAUGAUCCCGCUUAUCGUUCUCGGUGUGGUGGGCAUUCCCGCACUCGCCUUUCUCCUCUACGCCCGUCCGCCGUCGCACCGGAGCCGCGAGGUCCAGGCUCGACCUGCGCCCACCGCGAUCAACGGCAUGGUCUCGGUUGCGGUCUCGGCAGCCGCACCGGUCCCUACCUCGUCCUGGGUCACUCGCAACUGGGAGGAGCUGGUUCUCGGCGGUGUCGAGCUUGCCUUUGCCAUCAUGCUCCUGGUCCUGGACGUUGUUGAGCUAUGGGAGGUGGCGCUUGCAGUGGUGAGUCUGGCCGCUCUCUUUCUCGCCAUCAAGCUCUCGCACGGCACCCAGCUUCCUGCUCACCAACACGCGGGCGAGAUUGAUGAGAUGCGCCCGUUGCUCUCUGCAGGGGACAAAAGUGAUGACGAGGACGGCCUUGAAGCCGUAGGAUGGGACGCCGUCGAGUUGCUCAUCAAGAUUGCGGCGUCGCUGCUGCAGAUUCAAGCUGCGGUGCUGAUGCGGCUGUUUGCUAUUGCGGCCACCAUUACGUCAUCGUCGACUGAGAUCGGCGCCGAGACGGAAGCGCCGGAACAGCUACGGGGCCUCGCUGUUGUCUUUGAGCGGCUCUCGUUCCACGUCUCGGGCCUGGAGUGCGUGUCGUCGAGCGCCAUCUCGUUCGAGACUCGGUACUAUCUCCAAGUCGCGAUCCUGCCUGCGGUGCUGUGCGUGGUGACGGCGACGUGGUUCGUUCGCUCACGUUUUGCGAGCAGCGCCGAGCAAGCGCACCUGGCGACCAAGCGCGACGCGGCGCUUACGACUGUCUUCUACUACCUCGUUUUCCCGGUCAUUGGGCUCUCGGCGGCGCAGCUCUCGCACGCGUCGCCGAUCGUGGACGGCCAAUUUGCCAACCCGAACUCGGCGCCGCAGUUCCAAGUCCUCACCGCCGCCCCGUGGCUUGUUCGUGGCCAAGCAUCGGUCGAUGGCAUGACGACUGUGGCCGGGAUAACCUUUGGCGUGUCGGUUGCCGGCUCGGCAAUCCUGUUUGGCGUCGUGGCGUGGCGCAAACUGCGCGGGCUGAGCCUCGGCGGGCUCAGCUCGCUGGUCUCGGGCUACAGUGACGGCCUGUGGUGGUACGAGGCCGUGUUUUGGACGCGCCGGAUUGUGCUCGCCUACGUGCUCUCUGUUCCGCCGCAGAUGGCGCUGGAGGUUCCGCUCACACUGGCGGUCUUCCUCGCCCUCCACGUAGUGUGCGCGCCGUUUUCAUCGCAAAUGGCCAACGCGCUCGAUAGCAUUGGCCUCGCCCUCCUCGCCAUCAUGUACGCGUACGCCUCGACGAUUCCAGCCGAGGAAGGAGUUGUCCUUGCCGCUGUCGGCAACGUGGUGUACUCGCUGUGCAUUGUGGCGGGCAUCCCGGUCGUGCUCGGAGUGCGGUUUCUGCUGCAGCGGCAGGCUGAGCGGGCAAGGCGGAGUGUUGCCCUUGUGGCCGAGUAAAGUGUAGUCGAC